GAAGUAACUUCUGUAUUCAUAGGUGGUCAAUGCCUAUCUGAGCAUGGUGGGCAGAAGAAGCGGUGCCCUCAUUCUGGACACCUACCUGAUGACGUCAGCAUGGCAGGGAUCUUUCAAAGGUUUUAGAAAGGUAAAUCUAUUACAAUAUGAUGUGGCAGCUGGAGCAGUAUGUGACAAGGCACACUGGACACUAAUUAUAAUGUAUCUAAAGGAGAUGAGAGCGGUCUACCUGGAUCCGUUUGGGGCAACAGAGGAACAGGUCAAGAAAUGUCAAGCUGUAACAAGAGCACUGGUCCGCACCAAACAUCCAACCAUUACAAAGUGGACCUGUUCAACGGUGCCCCAUCCCAAACAACAGGAUUCUAAAUCCUGUGGUGUCUUUGUGUGCAAGCUUGCAGAACAAAUGUUACUCGUACAAGACAUCAACUAUCCUGUGGACCAGGAGGGGGUGGCCAGGCUGAGGCUAGACCUGGCAGUAACAUUGUUAAAAAACUCAGAUGACCUAUCUGACAUGUGCAAGGCCUGUGGAGAGGCCAGCUCAGGAGCAGAAGUGGAUGAGUGGAUUGAGUGUACCACCUGUGGUAGGUGGUACCAUAUGUCUUGCGUGGGGCAUCCAUCCACAGAUGGUGCUUCUUGGGCAGUAACCCCCAGACGGGCUGGAAGGGGCAGAAGCGCGGCGCUCUGGGCCCCGGCGUGAGCACUCUGCUACGGAAACUUGUGGACUUUGAGUGGCUGGCAAUGCCGACGUGCAAGAAUCUGAGUUGGACUGUUUUUCAGUGUUUUACAGAUUGAGGACACCUCCAAGGUACUUAUUUCUGUUUUUUCAUGCUCAUGUUUUGAACUGUUCAGUAAAGGUUAAAAUGGC